AUGGCCAAAGCAGAAAUUGAUAGUAAUCCAGGCAUAGAAAUCAAGAUGAGAUUAAUUGGUAAGAGAACAAAAGAUGCAAGGACUUAUAACUUACCAACGACAUCAGAGGUUGCUGCACUUAUUGUCGGGGAUUUAGAUCCAAAUAUGGGCCAGAGAGAUAUUUUAGUUGAAAGUAAAUCAGGUUUGCUAAAGCGAAUUUCUGAAUUGAGCCCAUCAUACCUACCAUUGCAAUAUCCAGUACUAUUCCCCUAUGGGGAAGAUGGGUAUAGAGAGGACAUACAGUUUGCUAAUAGAGGAUCUAACAACAAUAAUGCAAGGCAUCGUAUAUCUCAACGGGAGUAUUUUGCUUAUACGCUGCAUGAAAGGUUAAUAGAGACUUCUAGCAUAUUGUAUGCCAGGAGACUGUUACAACAAUUUAUUGUUGAUGCAUACACUAUGGUUGAAUCUGCUCGACUUAUAUACAUAAGGACACACCAGAAGUCGUUGAGAUGCGAAGCUUUGAAAGGAUUGACAGAUGCAUUUACAAGAGGUGAAGUACAUGCUAGCACCCAAGAAAUACAGCGGUAUAUUAGCAACAGAAAUCUCAAUGCGGAAGACCGUCCAGAUAUUUUAUGCCGUAUAUUCAAGAUGAAAUUGGAUUGCCUAAUAAAGGAAGUAAAGGCCGGUGAGCUAUUUGGUCAUGUGAAAGCAGUUAUUUACACCAUUGAGUUCCAAAAACGUGGAUUGCCACAUGCACAUAUUCUGAUAUUCCUCAAGAACAAAGGAGACAUGAUGAGUACCACAUUUAUGGAUAGAGUCAUAAAGGCCGAGGUACCAGACAAGACCGUGGACGUGGAAUACUACAAUGCAGUAGAGGAAUUCAUGGUUCACGGACCGUGUGGGAACGCUAGAAGAAAUUCACCUUGCAUGGUUAAUGGGAAGUGUUCAAAACACUUCCCCAAACGGUUUGUGGAAGAGUCCAGUUUCGAUCAAGAUGGGUAUCCAAUUUACAUGCGUUGCGAUGACGGCAGAACAGUUAAAAAGAAUGGUGUAGAACUCGACAGUCGCUACAUUUUCUCGCAUAAUAGGUACUUGCUUUUGCAGUACAAGGCCCAUAUCAAUGUAGAAUGGUGCAACCAGUCGAGAUCAAUCAAGUAUCUUUUCAAGUAUGUCAACAAGGGUAAUGACAGGGUCACUGCUGAAUUUUAUAAAAGUACUACGGAUGAAAAUGGUGAAGAAGUGGUGGAUGAGAUUAAUACGUACUAUGACUGUCGAGAAACUGUGGGGCAAAGUAUGUUCAAAGGUUGGUUUGAAGCCAACAAAAAAUAUGAAGCUGCACGAUUGUUAACAUACAUUGAAAUGCCAAAUAAAUUUGUUUGGAAGAAAGAAGUCAGAGAGUGGCAUCCAAGAAAGAAGGGAUUUUCAGUUGGUCGCAUUUUCUUUGUACCUCCAGGUAGUGGUGAAAUAUACUAUUUGAGAUGUCUUCUGAAUAUUGUCCGUGGACCGACCAGUUUUAAAGAUAUUAUGACAUUUAAUGGUGUAGAAUACUUGGCAUUUAGGGAUGCAUGUUACGCCCGUGGACUAUUAGAUGAUGACAAAGAGUAUAUUGAUGCAAUUGAGGAAGCAAGUCAUUGGUCAUCUGCACAUGUGAUCAGAAAGUUGUUUGUUAUAUUGUUGAUUUCUAACUCACUAUCAAGGCCUGAACAUGUAUGGGAAGCAGUGUGGCAUCAUUUAGCCGAGGACGCUGAAUUCAUGCAUAGGAAACAACUAAAUAAGCCAGAUCUUUUUCUAAAAGAUUGUGAGAAAAAAAGCUUCGCUUUAAUAGAGCUGGAGAAGUUGCUAAUAGUACACAAUAAGUCUCUUAAACACUUCCCACCAAUGCCAACACCUAACAUAGAUGAUUCAAGAUUGGUUGAGAAUAUAUUAUUGUUUGAGGAGUUGAAUUAUGACCGUGAAGCUCUACGAGCAGAUAGUGAAGAAUUAGAAUCACGAUUGACUGAUGAGCAAAGGGACAUAUACAAUACAAUCGUAAAUGAUCUGUCUAACGAUGGGGGUGGGUUGUUCUUCGUUUAUGGUUACGGUGGUACUGGGAAAACUUUUCUAUAG